AUGUCAGGACAGGCUCUCGCGGCCGCGACAGCUGCCGUCCCUUCAGGCGCCGCGACCUCCCCCGGGUCUCGCGAGAAACCGACAGCGAAUGAGAAAUCACCUCAGAGCGCCGCGGCUGCACAGCCGGACCGAUCGCUUCUCAGAAGUCGCUCUGGAUACACUUACUACGGACCGAGUGGAGAAUUCUUUCGCCACAAAAAGACGGCAGAUCGUGUUCGCCGUGCUAAGAAAUAUCACAGAAAAGACAUUGGCCCAUCGGAAUGGGGCAAGUACAACUAUGUCUCCUCGACGAUUUGCGAGGACUCGUUCCACAUCAAAGAGACUCUCCCGCGUAUCUACAAAAGCGAGACGACCUUGAAAGACUUUGUAGAGAAAUUCGAAAUUCCUUGUAAACCCGUGCUCCUGUGUGGAUGGAUGGACGACUGGCCCGCCAUGCACCGUUGGGAGCCUCGCGAACUUGAGCGCAGAUUUCGCUCUGCGCGGUUCAAAGUCGGCGAGAAGGACGACGGCGAAAAAAUCCGAAUGAAAAUGAAGUAUUUCAUCGACUACAUGGAGAAUCAGCGCGACGAUUCGCCUUUGUAUCUGUUCGAGUCCGCUGUCGAGGAGAGAGCAGACACCUGCGGUCUGCUGGACGACUGGACUGUGCCCGAAGUCUUUCCUAUGGAUUUGCAUGCAAUCGUCGGCGAGGAAAGACGACCCCCACACCGGUGGUUUUGCAUUGGCCCGAAGCGAAGCGGCACGACGGUGCAUGUCGACCCUCUUGGGACUGCUGCGUGGAAUGCUGUGACUCACGGCGUGAAGAGGUGGGCGCUCUUUCCUCCUGCAGUGCCGCGCCAUGUAGUGAAAGCCAAGCACCUCUUGAAACGAGGAGAAGACGACGAAGCUAUUAUGUGGUUCGACUUUCUUCUGCCGCGUAUUCGAGAGAAGUAUCCGGACGUUCCUAUCUACGAGUGCCUUCAGAAGCCGGGCGAAGUGAUCUACGUACCGGGAGGCUGGUGGCAUGCAGUUUUGAAUUUGACGGACUGCGUCGCAUGCACACAGAACUUUGUUUCCUUCUCUUUCCUCACUCCGGCGUGGAGGAGCACGCGCAGGGGUCGGAGGAGAUACGCCGUCUUGUGGAAAGAGCGCUUUCGCCGCUUCUUCCCCGAGUCGGUUGGUUUGGGCGUUCUCGACGACUGCGACGCCUUGGACGGCUGGGAGGUUCGCGACGGGAAGUUUUGUCGCAUGCAAACCCAAAGAGGCGCAUAUGUGUCUGAAUCCAGCUCGUCGAGUAGCUCGAGCAGCAGCAGCGACAGCGAAUCUUCCGACGACGAAGACGAGUUGGAAGAGAUCUCGAAGAAAGUGGCGAAGAUGAGGGAAGGCGUCGACGCUGACACCUGGAACCUUUACGCAAAGACCAACGCCGUCUUGCUGCAGCGACGGAGACAGCUGCUCUCGGUCUGCUCUCCUGCAACGUCUGGGGCUCGUGUGACGUCUGUAUCUUUCGAAGAUAGAAGCGGUGAUGUUUUCCUCUCCACGGCGCAGAGUGCCCGUUCCUCAGACGCGGAUGGAAAGAAGGAAGACGGGGCAGGGGGCUCGGCGGAUGCAGAGAGAAGUGGGGUGUCUGUACACCUCGCCAGGCCACCGGAGACGAACGGGACAAACUCUCCAGGAGCAGCGGGGUCGACAGACAGCGAGACCAGCGAAGAUGACAACGAAAGCGACGAGCAGGCCGACGGUAGAGAGAAGAGCGACGCAGCAUGUGGAGCUCAGAAAACUCUAAAGAGGAGAACUGGAGAAAAUGAGGCUGGACGCAACCUCGCGAGUGCCGGCACUGAGAAAGGCGUCGAGGGGAACGGCAGAAACACGGGGGAGACGAGCGCUCUCGGCUCUGCUGCUCAGGAGCAAAACGCCAAAAAAUCACGCCUUCUCACCUCGGAAUAAUCCAUAUGUGCAGUGUAACUACACUCACUCACGAGUCAUUCCGGUUUUACUUCUGGGUGCAAACGCGCCUCCAAGUCCGAGAGGUGCACUUCCACUCUUGUCAGGACGCACGUCCACGCUAAAGCCACCGCUGCAUGAACAGUCGUCAGACGCUCUUCGAACAAGAGGAAACACAACUGCGUAGUGGGGAU